AUGGACAUCGAACAAUUUCGCCGCGCUGGUCACGAGGCCAUCGACCGGAUAUGCGAAUACUAUUACACUCUUCAAGACAGGCCAGUAACGGCCAGGGUGGAACCAGGGUAUCUCAGAAGGGCGCUCCCGUCCGAAGCACCUCAGUCCGGCGAGAACUUUGACUUGAUUACGCAGGAUUACGAGAAGUAUAUCAUGCCAGGUCUUACCCUCUGGCACCAUCCGUCAUUCUUUGCUUAUUUCCCGACCGGAAGUACCUUUGAGGCGGUCCUUGGUGAUCUAUACUCAGGCAGCGUUCCUAAUCCCGGUUUCAAUUGGUCUGCUAGCCCGGCUUCCACAGAACUAGAGACAGUCGUCAUGGACUGGGCAGCUAAAAUGCUGGGUUUGGAUUCAAGCUUCCACAAUUGCAGCAAACUGCUGUGUCAGACGACUGCGUCAGAAUCGGCCCUCGUUGCCGUGGUAGCAGCUAGAUCUCGGUAUACCAAACAACAUCCAGAUGUUUCUUCAGAAAAACUUUUGAUAUACAUUACCACGCAGACACAUUCGCUGGGGAAGAAAGCUGGCCUGGUCCUUGGCUUGAAUGUUCGUGCACUAGAAGUGACGGUGGAAGAUAAUUUCGCCCUUCGCGGAGAUACAUUGCGUCGCGCACUCGAGGACGACUGUGCCUGCUGGGCUACACCCAUAUGCUCUGAACUACACAUUUCAGUUGGGACUGUCGGGACGACCUCCUCAGGUGCUGUCGAUUGUCUUGGUGAAAUAGGGCUAGUUUUGGAGGAUUACCCCUUCAUAUGGCUACAUUAUCGAGAUGUUUGCGCCCUUGGUGAUAUCAACAAAUAUGGGGAUUCAUUCUGCACCAAUUUUCACAAGUGGGGACUCGUGAAUGUUGAUUGUUCCGGAUUUUGGGUUCGGGCCAGGGCAAGCUUGAUAGAUGCACUGGACGUCACGCCCGAGUUUCUACGUACACGACACGGGGAUGCCGGCACUGUGAUUGAUUAUCGGAAUUGGCAUUUUGGACUCUGUCGAAAAUUUAGAUCAUUGAAGCUGUGGUUUGUCUUGCGGUCUUUUGGUGUCGAAGGCUUUCAGCGGUACAUUCGAGAGACCGUAAAGCUCGGCAAUAUGUUCGCGUCCCUCAUCCGGGAAUCUGCUGAGUUUGCCUUGGUCACACCUCCAUCUCUGGCACUGACUGUUUUCCGACUCGAACCUUACUUCCCAUCAUCUGUCCCCCCCGCAAAACUGAACGAAUUAAAUAGGGAAUUCUAUGCACGAGUAUCAGCUCGGAGUGAUAUCGCGUUUACGCAGACGGAUUUGAGUGGCACUUUUUGUGUUCGCAUGGCUGUUGGAGCGAUUCGGACAUCGGAGGAUCAUAUUAAACGUGCGUUUGAGAUUUUAUGUCUAGAGGGAAGGGCUGCGUUAGAGGAAUGGCGAUGCGCAACCGGAGGUAUUGAGUAG